AUGUCUACUUCACCGUUGGCGCAACGAUAUGCGCGAAUGGACAACUAUAGUCCGCGAGUUGCUCGAUCAACCAGCGUUUCUAGUGAUAGACCUUCGACGGCUAGCACCUAUGCCGGUUUACUCUCUCCGCCCCUUUCAAUCUCACCAGAACCAGUCUUCAUUGCUUCUUCGGCCGCUUCACAAAUCGUUACGAACGACCACGAUAGCAGAGAGGAUGCUUGGCUUGAUCAGCAUGGGAUUGAGCCCUCGGGAGAGACGGCAUUGGUAUCCCCUGCUGCUCUGAAACUUGUCAAUAAGUUUCUUGAUCAGCUUGUGUUCAAUUUCCUCUCAGUCUCGAAAUCAACGUCAUUGGUGUCAUUGCGCCCAGCUGUCACCGAGGUACUGAAGGCAAAGCUUGCGAGAGAUGCAGUCAGCGGAGCGGACGAUGAGCUUCGAGAAUACCUGGGUGGAAGCGAAGAUGAUGAAUUAUUGUCGUCGGAGAGGGAAGACCAAUCGGAGCGAGGUUGGGACCUCGAGCUGGUGUGGAAACGCACGAGAUUGAGAUGUAUGGUUUAUUCAUCAUUAGGGGAUAUGGAAGAAGAGGAUGAGGAUCGCUACACAGCUCAAGAGCAUCUCAAUGGCUUUUUAGAAUCUGGGGACCGCGAAAACGAUUCCGGAAUCGUUUCUCCGGCGGUUGCCAUCUUCCUAACGUCCAUCCUGGAGUUCAUGGGCGAACAGAUAUUAAAUGUGGGAGGACAAGCAGCAUAUAAUCGACUCCGCUUGAAGUAUGAGAAGGAGGGGCGAGAUGGCAUAAUCAGACAAAUUGAUAUUGCAGAACGUGUAGUUGUAGAGGAGGCUGAUAUGGAGCGAGUCGCAUUGGAUCGAACAUUGGGAAAACUUUGGAGAGGUUGGAAGAAGCGAGUCCGCUCACCAACAAACCCAAUCUCAGUGGGUCGCUCGCAUUCUAGAGAAAAAUCUGAUCUUCCAGCACAAUCUAUUCUGGCACUAAUCCAAGUGGCCAACAUUUCUCCUAGCGACAACGAGCAGCCACAAAAGUCACUGUUGGGAAAGUUGACCGAACACAAACAAGCUGCCGUUAUCCCUUUGCCAAUGUCUGUGGAUGAUAUCAGAGAAAUCGAAGUACCAGGACUAGCCCCACAAAGCGAUGAUGAAGAUGAUGAGGCCGCUUCGAAGACGGAAGAGCUUCCUGUAACUCGGCGACCAAAAAGUAUGGUGGUUUUUACGAAUGUAUCGCAUGAUUUACCUACGCCUAAUUCUUCGCAACCACCAACUCCCAUCUUCUCGGCUUCUCCAUCAAAAUCUAGAAAACGUGCCAACUCAUUACCACCUCCUAACCCAUCUACAAUAACGUCACUUUUUUCCCGAGGUUCAAAGGAAGCAAUCUCAAGCCAGGGGGGUUUUGUCAGCCCGACCCAAAGCGGUGUCUCGAUUUUGAAUGGCACCAUGACACCCGCAGAAUCGGAAAAAGAUUCAGGGGAAGAAAUUGAGGAAGCUUCAAAUAAAGCAAGGAGUGCUGUACCCGAGUCGAAACACGAGCCCGCCGAUGGUCCCAUUGAUUUAGAUGACACGAGUAAGGAUAUCGAUUCCGAUUUUGAAUUUGUUGAAGAAGAACCGCAAAUCAUGACUUCCUCACGUAUCUCUUUUGGUGGCCGAAUUUCUCCUGACGACAAAGAUUUGUCUUCACACUCAAGCCUACACUCUAGUGUUCGAUCGCCAAGCAUUCAUUCAUUGCGCCUCAUCGAUGUUAAUACAGCAAAGAGUCCUACAACAAGGUCACACCAGAGCUCCUUUGACGCAUCGGAUUACUUUGCUGGGCGAGGUGUCUCGAAAUCUCGACCGAAUAGUAUACAUUCACCGAUAACCUCAGAAUUGUCGUCUCGAGGAACAAGCCCUCACAUCAGAAGCUCGAAUAGUUCUCCAUUAGCUCGGACUGGCUCCAACUUAAGCUCAAUGCCUAUCAAGACAACCACCGACUCGAUAUCCGAAGUGGACGAGGGAGAGGUAGCCUGCGAUGAGUCUCCUUUGACUGCUGUACCAUCGGAGCUUGCAGCUGCGAUGCAAGGAGUUGAUGUGGACCCCAGUCCUACGUCUCAAAAUUACCCUAUGUUCAAAGCUGCCGCUCCUAGAUCAGCGCCAUUUGUACUCGCUGCCCCUCCUACCCCACAGAAUUACCGAGAAAACUUGAAAGAACUGGCCAAACAGCAAGCUAACAAGGGUCAGUCAUCAGGCGGUAUCUCAAUUUCCAAGGUUCGAGGAGAUGAGCAACAUGUUCAAAUGACACCUCAGGCUGUAAAGUCUUCAAUUGAGCCACCCCCAAAAUCCGCGGCUCGUACAAUCGGCAAUCCUGUGAACGAAAUCCUGACGAUGCUACCCAUCCUGAAAGAGAGCGGCUCCCCGGAAAUGUUCAAGAAAAUGCCCCGUUCAUCUUCUGUGCGCCACAAUUCACCUCCACGCUCUGUAACCGAGGAAGCAUCACGUCAUGCUAUACUUGAAACUAAGCCCAAAGCUCAUCGCCCAUCUUACACAUCUAACUCUAGCUCAUCUUCUGUCCCUCGUGUCAAACAGCGACGAGUAUCCGCAGAGAGCGGCGUUUCGGCGAUGAGUAGUGUAGGAGACACCAUAUCAUUCGAAGAAUUAAUUCGAGGAGGCGAGACUAUUCAAUACACAUUAACACCGCAGAAUAUGCGGGCUAUUGAAAGCCCGGACUCUCCAUUGAGUUCAACGACCAUCCCUGUCCCUAGACCUGCUACUGGCCGUACACACACAUCGUCAGUGAGCAAGCAUACUGGAUUGCACUCUAACCCUCCUAGCGACACACCAAAGAGGCUCGCUUCUUCGAAAGGUUCCCUUCGCCCUUCGACGAGCAGUAGUCGAGCUCGGUCUAAUACCCCACAAGCACGAGAUGCAAGAACUGAUCGAGAUUCACUUGGAGAUUUCUCCGAUUUCAUACGAUCCACAGGUCCUGCAAUUCUUUACAAGAAAGAAGAUAUUCACUCCCGAUCAUCUUCAAGCGCCGCCAGUGAGAUUCCUCGAUCUUUAACUGGCGGUAAUGUCCACAAAGGAACCAAUGGAACUCCAAGAAACGUCAGCAGCUCAACCUCUCGUGUGGGCCCCACCGCCGCUCUUCCCACACGUGCAGCAUCAUCCGCGGGUCGAUCGGGAAGGCCAAAUAGAUUACAGGCUCGUGAUGCAACUGUAGGUAAAGACUCAAUUACCGAUCUCAUCGACUUUGUUAGGGCUGGUCCUGAUGAGGUAGGUGGUCAUCGUAUACCACGAACUGUUGCUCCAUUCAGAUCGACUAUGGAUUCCGAUCAAAUGUCUAGUUUUGCCAGUGGUGGUAAAGCUAUAGAUGCAUCUCUACCUGAUGCUAGAUACAGCCAAGCCUCUACUCAGCCGUCCACAAAUCAUUCAUCGGUUACUUCGCAGACCGGACUCUUGAAUAGCUCCACCAGGACCAACAAGCCUAUGCCUGCACAAAGUGGUACGAAUUUUGAUGAUGAUGAAGAUAUGAUGCCGAAACGAAAGACACGAAGAGUUAGGGAUCCGUAUGCCAUUGAUUUCAGUGAUGAAGAGGGUGAUGAAUUUGAGCUUUCCUCCAGACCAGCACCCAUAAAAGAAGAGUCCUUGGCCGACUUCCUUCGAAACGCACCUCCACCACCUUCGCCCAAGAUGACCUCUGCUUUCGCCGAAGCGCCCAGGCCGCCUAAGAAGAAGGCAAGCUUUUCUUCACGUUUCACUCGAAGUGGCUCAACUUCUCAAGUUCAGCCGCCCAAAACAUCGCAUUCUACGACAUCCCGCACAACCCUCCCCAGACACACACCUCUUGCUCCAAUCAAUCCUCAGUUUAAUGCUCCUUCCGCUGUUGGUAGUAGCUAUUCUCAGCAACCCGAAUUUCCAAGGACAACCUCAAGCUCGACUGUUGUUCGCAAGCCUUAUGAGUCUCGCGAGCCGGUUCCCGUGAAAUACAAAUCACAGACAAGUGAUCUUGCGGACUUUCUACGAAACUCGGAACCGCCCCCAUCAAUCGUACCCAAACCUUUCGUUCACGCAAAGGAGGAGACUUCAUUCGCAAGUCGUAUUUUCGGGAGGCGGAAGAAGACCACGGCUGGGUUUUGA